GAUUAUCAGGAAUAACAAUUUUAUUGGGAAUGGAAUUUGAUGACCAAGAAGUAACAUUACUCGCAGAACAAGUAAAACGAAUGACAGUUGCAGCAGAACAUGAAGCACUACAAAAUAAACAAGAAAAGAAAUUGAAUCAACUCUAUCUGGAAGCUGCACAAAGAGAAAUAGAUCAAUUUAGAAAACAAGUAAUAGAAAAAGACAAUACUAAAAAAGAUAAGAAAGGAAAAGCUAAAAGCUUAAAUAUUACCUUUAAUCAACAAGAAGAAAGCAAAGUCAAAACACCAAAGAUAGGAACAUUCAUUAAGACACAAUUGUCACAAUUAGAUCGGAUCUUACAAUUAGAAAAAGAACAAGAAGAUUCAAAAGUUAGAAUAGGAUUAAGGCAAUUAAAACAAUGA